CCUCCCAGCAUCACCCUCUUCAGUCUUGUCUCUGCCGGAAGCAGGGAGGGGGCCGGAGAAGAAUGGAAAUAAAGAUGAAUAAGACGGUGAUCAUCGUGUCCGCGGUGGUCGGGUCUCUAGGGUUGUUGAGUGCCGUCCUGGGAUUCGCGGCAGAGGGGGCAAACCCAUAUAACCCCUCGCCUGGGCUGGGGAUAUGCGCCGCCAUCUUCCUGCUGGCGGCCCAGAUCACCGUCUCGGUGGCCGGCGGCUGCUGCGGCUGCUGCAAGCCCCGCGACAUUCCUUCCGAGACCAACCCGACCGCCGGCAUCGUCUGCGCCGUCGUCUCAUGGAUGCUGGCGGUGAUCGCGUUGGCGCUGUUCUUUCGAGGCGCGGCGUUGAACGGCAUCGGCUACUACCAGAUCGGUGUCUUCGCCGGCGCGGGCGUGCUCACCCUCGCCGCCACGGCGCUAGGCAUCACCUCCUUCAUCAUGCUGCGGCCGCCGCCGGCGGACGCGACGGCGACCGGGGCAGCGACGGGCGCAACCAACACGCCAGGCGCGCAGCCGUCUCCCGUCGUGAUCAUGGUGAGCCAACCAGUACAGUCCCAGCCGACAGUGGCAGCAGGCGCACAAAACAAACCGGGCGAGCAGCCGCCGCCCUCCAAGGUCACAGUGGUCCAACCGCAAUUCCCGCCGGCAGAGGUUGCAGGUGCACAUGACAAGCCAGUCGAGCCGCCGCAGCCCGCCGAGGUCGCGAUAAGCCACUCACUGGCAGCAGCUGCAAGCGAACCAAAGAAGCCAGACGAGCAGCCGUUCGCCGGGGACACGAUGGGCCAACCGCAGCUCCCGCUGCCUCAAGUAUACGUCGUGCAGGUGCAACCGCAACCGCAACCGCAAUCACUGUGCCCUGUUCAGCCUCAGGUAUGCGUGGAUAUUCCGGCCCCUCCUACAACUCCUCCUCUGCAAGUGAACGGACAAGAAAAGCUUUCAACAGUUAUUCGCAACGAAGCGACCAAAGCAGGAAUUAAAUUGGUUGGGCGCGCGGUAGAUCAAGUCCUCUUUUCUGACAGUACAUCUACUCCAACUACAAUGGCUGCGGAUAUCCUUCUGUCUAUGGUGACUGGCUCUACUGGAGGUGAUGUUGGAGCUACAGGAAGUGGGGAUGCUGCCUGUUAAUCUGAUGCUCUCUACGUUAUGCUGACCGUCAACUUACUGCCCUUCCUUCAGUGUUGAAUCGAACUAUGAUCGCAGGCGUGAAGCCAGGCCCUUACAAUGUCAGGUUGUGUUUUUAGUUUUCUGUUUGCAACAUGUAUCUAUCAACGCUUGGAGUGUCUUGUGUAC